AUGGCAGAACAGCAGUGGACUUGUCAAAGUCAUCCAACAAAACAGCAUGAAACAAUCACUCGGAAGCUUGUCUUUUCUGUGAAUGAUGCUCUUACUGGGAUGGGUCUGGACUGGAACGAUGCAGAAUGGGUUGGAGGUGCUACAUACAAGCCGACCACUGCUAUAGGCAAGGUGCCUGACGAUGCAUUUCUCCCUCCUCCCCGGUGCACAACGCCAGUCAGUGAGAUCGGAUGGCCAACCCUGGUCAUCGAAACAGGAGUCUCGGAAAGCAUGCCUCGUCUCCGCGUCGACGCAGCAAAAUGGUUUUCUGAUUCCAAGGGCAAGGUCAGAAUUACACUGGUGAUCUCCAUCAAGGAUAGUAGUGUCGACGUGGAAAGAUGGCAAUUAGCUCCAAUUGGAGCACCGACUCCUCUCACUCGUGAUUACAUCGCCUCGCUCUGUCGCCGACCCCCCAACAGGCCUCCGCUGUACUCCCAGGACCCCGCUGCCCAGCAACCAUAUUGUGCGCAACAAAUCAUCAUCACCCGACAAGGCGCUACUGGAGAUCUGGUCUUGCCAUUUGAUGCUCUCUACGAUAGAUCCCCCGAACAAGGAGAGCAUGACGUGCUCAUCACGUCUACAGACUUUAUGAGGUUGACACAGAGACUCUGGUGA